UUUUAUCAUAGCCCAUAGGUCAAUGCAGUAAAUGUCAAACAAAGCCCAACCUUACUGAGCUGAACGAGUUACCGAGUCAACUCAUUAUCUCCCAUAGAUUCAUAGGAGUAUACGUUAACACCGAGUGACAUUUCUAACCAAAGAAUUUUCUCAGUCUCCAUCACUUAACCAACCCGAUCUACACAGACCCCACAUGGAGCUCAUCAAGAUUUGAGCUUUAAUUAUUCAAAAAACCCUCAAUUUUAUAUAAAGGUGAGAUUUUUAUCUCUUUAAAGUUCUUGAAUAUUCAAGAAAUAUGUAUAAUUGUUAUGUUACUUCAAAUAUAUCAGUUAGGUGUAAAGGGUCUUUUUCAUAUUCUUAUAUUGAUGAUUAUAGCUGUGAUAAUAGACGUUAUGUUAAUCACAGUUUAGUUGCAAAUUCAUGUUGUUGUUGUGCUUGUUGUGGUGCUAGUUCUUUGUAUAGAGUGCCUGUAAGUAAUGCAUUUUUGUAUGGUCAGAGACAGUCUAGUUUGAUUCAGUUUGCACCUAGUAGGAGGUUGGUGUUAGGGGGUUUGAAUGUGGGGUUUUCGCGAUUGCCCGUGUGUGAUUUGAGUGGGAAUGGGGGUUUUAGGGAGAGUUGUGGCUUGAAUGGAGGUUUUUCGAGGUUGCCCGUGUGUGAUGAGGGGAGGAAUGGUGGGUAUGGAAAGAGGUAUGUUUUCGAGGAGAGGGGUUUUGUUGGGAGAAGAGGAAAGCUAGGGAAGGGAAGGUAUGGAUGUAGUGUGGAUGAUGGGGAAGUGAUACUUGACUUGUUGACGGAGAAAGUUGAUGAGGAGUGUUUAGGUGUUAGGAAGAGGAAUGUUGGGAAGGUGCGGUUGAAAGAAAUUCAAAAGAGGGAGAAGGAAAGUAGUGAGUUUUUAGUUAAGAGGCGGACGAAAGAUAUUAAAUCAGAUGUACGCAAGGGUUCUUUGAAACGUGAUAAGGAAUUUCUGAACUUAAAGUCUAGGGAGGAGGAUCCGAGGGAGAAAGAGGAUAGGAGGCAAGAAAAGAGGAAAAGUUUUGCUAGAGGUGAGAAUCAUAGUAGUUUAAGGAGUGAGAGUGAUACGAGACAGAAAGAAGAUAGGAGGCAGGGGAGUAGGGAAGCCUGUUCAAGAGGAGAGAAUCGUAGUAGGUUUACGAGUGAGAGUGAUACUAGUAAGAAAGAAGAUUGGAGGCAAGAGAGCUGUGAAACUUUUUCUAGAGGUGAGAAUCAUAGUAGGUUAAGGAGUGAAAGUUCUGGCGGCACGUCUUAUUAUUCAGUGUCUGAUUCAGGUGAGUUUGUGGAUGAUAGAAAAGCUCAGGCUAAGCAUGUUAGCUUUGUGGGAGAAUCGUCAAGUAGGCAUGGGAAGGAUCACCGAGAAAGUAAAUAUGAUAGGGAAGUCACUGAGGAUGUUUAUAGAAACAAGGGUUAUGCUCAGGAAGAGAAGGUUUUCUCAGGAAAGAAAUAUGAUUCAAACAGCUUGUACUCAGAAGCAGGCAGCGUUGACUAUAAUUUGAGGAAAAAGUCAGAGAAGAAGCUUGAAGCAGAGUUGAUUGAAAGGACCGAGUCUCGGAAUAAGACAAGAUUAUCAGAUUCUCGUGAAAGCGGUUAUGCAAAAUCUUUUAAUGUGCUCAAGCAAUACGAUGACAAAAAAGAAACGUCAACUUCAGUUGAGAAUAUUGAUGCAACAAGGCAGCAGUACAGACACAUAGGCCAACAAGUAGGUGGACUUCCUGAGUCGAGAGUAAAGUAUAAACAAUUUUCCGAAAUCCCAGACAUAUAUGAUCCUACUGUUGAAACAGCUUCUGGCUCCCAAAUACAGUAUAGUGGCAGGAUCGAAGGCUUGCAUGGAUCUUCAAAUCUUGUUGAGAAUACAGCCAGGGAACAGCUCAUAACAGAUAGCCUUAUUACUAGAGAACAACAGUAUGGAAGGAAUUACCAGAUACAUAAUAAAUCAUCAGAAAUUAAUAGAGAGGCCUUGUUUUCACAUCGUCAAACUGAAACCAGAAUGAAGAACCUGGAAGAUGAUGCAAAUUUGGUUCCAAGAUUCGAUGAUAAUUCAAUCAAGCCACAUGGCCAAACAGGUCAGCAAGAAACCAUCCAAAUCGGAUCAAGUGGAGAAAUUCAACGGCGGGCAGGAAUAUCAAAUGCCCAACUCAUCAAUAUUCAAAACACAUUUAUUUCACAGAAGAAAUCUGACAGUGGAGUAAGGAUUGAGAGUUUAGAGUCUGCAGGAACUUCAUAUCCAGAAGCUACUAGAAGAAGAAGAUCGAUGAAGCAACCCCAAUUCAUUUCAAGUCAGACUAAUGCCGAAGUAGCUUCUAGUUCCUCGAGGCGAACUGGUAGUCAAGAAACCUAUUCCUCAGUUGUCAAAGUGGAUGACAAAUCCCAAUACAAUCUUAUUGAUGAAAGCAUUGUACGCGGAGAAGCACCAAGAGAGAGUCAGCGGCCGACUAAGAUGACAAGUUCAAGCUCAUCAUUCGAGCUAGGUUCUCAGAUUGAUCUGGAUCUAAGUAAAACCACAGGCUCAAGUGCAACAGCUAGAGCUCGACGGCAUGAUGAGCCGACUGGUUGGCAUGGAAUUCAUGAUUCUCGCAGUGAAAAUUUUGGAAGUGGCUCUAGUACAAUAUACAUGCCAGCAUUAGAUGAUUCUCCUGACAUGCAGCAUGAAGUUCAUGGUGGAGCUAGGAGUGGGACUCAUAACAAUAUGGUAAAGUCUCUCUCCCAUGAUGAUGUGAUAGGUUCAGCAGCUCGAAUGCAACGAUCCUCUAUGGAAUUUGUUGGUGACUUUGUUGACGAGAUAAGGCAUGAAGUUUCCACUUCCGAAGUAGAGGAGAGAACCAAUCAAAUAAAGUUGGCGCAUAAGAGAGAGUCAAAUGAACAAAGAGGUCCUGGUCUACAUAGUUCUGGUGAUUAUGAACAAGAAGACCAUGAUCCGAUGCAUAUGUCUCCGGGAUCUGGAGCCAAGGGGCCUUCUGAUGAAAUGUGGGAUGUUGCUGGUCCAUCUAUACGGGAAUCUAGCAAAACAGAAGAUGUGGCAGAGGUCACAACUACAACUGAAAUAAGUGGUUUUAAGAGGACUGGCAGGUCUAUGUGGAAUGUCAUAUCAGAUAUAGUUCUACUGCGCUGGGCUUCGAAUUCUGAAACCAAUAAAACAAGGUCCGGUGGAAGAAGUUCAUCACAUCAGUCUACAAGCACCGAUGCAUGGUUUUCUGGUCAUGAAGCAGAUGAAAACAAUGAUGAGAACAAUAAACAGGGAAAAGAAACUGUACUGCAAGAGUCCUCUUCUGUUGACCUGGAAAAACAUGGAGAAUUUCAUGCUCAAAAUCAAGGGGAACCUUUUGGUUCAAAGAGAUCGAAGGACAAGAUAAAGCUUGUGGAAUCAGAUUUCCCGUUUUCUUCAGUUAACGAGAGUGUCUCAUCCCAAGGAAACUUGUCAUUUACUGUUGAAGAAACUGUUGGAAGACGUUCUGAAGGUACUUCUGGAAUAAUGAAACCAGAAUCAGCACCUGGUUCUAAAAGCAUGGAAAUGUCUCCUCCCACAGUACACGAAAUCUCAGAACCUAAAGCAUCACUUCCAUUGAGUGCUAGAAGCAUGAGAAGGUAUCCUCCUAUUGUACAGGAAGUGUUAGAACCUGAAUCGUCACUUCCAUUGCCUGCUGUGCGCAUGAGAAGGUCUACCCCUAUUGUACAAGAAAUCUCUGAAGCUGGCGAAGCUGAUGCCUCAGGUGGUGGUACAGUGGCUCUGUCCAGGCAACGAGGCCCUAUCAAUGUGACUGAGAGUUCAAUCUCCGAGGAUAGGAGCGGGGAAAUGAAACUAAAGAAAUUUCAGAGGACCAAACAAGUUCUGAGAGAUAGGUCUACCCCUAUUGUACAAGAAACCUCAGAAGCUGGUGAAGACAAUGCAUCAGGCAGUGGUACAAUUGUUCUGUCCGGCCAACCAGGUUCUGGCGAUGUGACUGAAAUUUUAAUAUCUGAGGGUAAGACUGGAGAAAUGAAACAAAGGAAAUUUCAAAGGACCAAACAAGUUCUGAACGAUAGAUUUGAUGAAUGGGAAGAGGCUUAUAUAUUUGAAACUGAACAACGGAAAAAUGAUGAAGCAUUCAUGAGGGAAGCAUUAAUUGAAGCCAAAAAAGCUGCUGACCUAUGGGAGGUGCCGGUUGGUGCUGUUCUGGUACAACAUGGGAAAAUCAUUGCCCGAGGUUACAAUUUAGUCGAAGAGUUGCGUGAUUCCACUGCUCAUGCCGAGAUGAUUUGUAUUCGAGAGGCUUCAAACGUACUUCGAUCAUGGAGGCUUGCGGAGACUACACUAUAUGUAACACUUGAACCAUGUCCCAUGUGUGCCGGAGCUAUACUUCAAGCGAGGAUCGACACUAUUGUUUGGGGAGCUCCAAAUAAACUCCUAGGAGCUGAUGGCAGCUGGAUCAGACUGUUUCCCAGUGGAGAUGAAGGGCACAGUGGCUCUGAAACAGCAGACAAAGCAGCUGGUCCGGUUCACCCAUUCCACCCAAAUAUUAAACUUAGACGAGGGGUAUUGGCGUCAGAGUGUUCAGAUGUUAUGCAGCAGUUCUUUCAACUAAGGCGAAAGAAAAAAGACAAGAAACCAGACAAGAAACAAGAUCCUCCAACAGAAACACCACCUUCAUGUCUUCCCAUCUCAACCCGUCCUUCCAAAAUUCUCGCCAAGAUGCACGAUGCUUUCCACAUCAUGUUCUGUUUGUAGAAGGUCAGAGUCAAUUCUGUGGAAGUUACAAGUUAAUUCUUUUGGAACUUCUGUAAAUGACCAACAAUCUUUAAGGUCUAAAAUCCAUCAGCUUAAGAAUUGUAAAAGUGUUGCUUCUAUUAUAAGUCUCAUGCAAGGGUAAAGCGAAAUGAUAUAAUUCAAUAGAGAAUGAUGGGGAUUCUCCUGAUUGAGAUGGAAUACCAAUAGACAGGCUUUUGUUGAAUUUAAGGUUAAGGAACAGUGAUGAUAACCUAAGGUUAAGCUGGUACAAAAGGCGCAAAGCUCAAGUUUACAAGCAAAGCAACAGAUAAAUGAUGGCCAGUAUCAUCACGAGGUAUAUUGAAUCCUGAACAUGCUGGUCUAUUACUCCAGAUCUAAUGACCCCAUUAAAGCUAGUUCUUUGUUUGUUUAACAUCCACAUCUGCAGUUGCUCAAUCAUUAGAGAAGUUGUAUCCUUCAAUGUUUUAAAUUCCUUUGUCUCCUUUUUUGGUGGGAUGUUGUACCAUAUGAUGAUAGAUACUUUUCUCCAAUCAACAUUUCACUUCUACAACUCCUUUCUUACAUUCAGAAUUUCUAUAAACACAGAGACUUCAACCAAUAUUUCACAGCAACAAAUGUCUUCACUAACAUUGAUUCAAGUAUUUGCUUGUGUUGGCCUUUUGCUAGCCAUUGCUAAUGGACAAUUGCCAGCUGCUACGCCUACUACCACGCCAAUCGUGACACCCCCGCCAACUACCACAACACCUCCACCAUCUACAGCACCAACCGUGACACCCCCGCCAACUACCACGACACCUCCACCAUCUACAGCACCAGCCGUAGUACCACAACCACCCACAACAGUAGCAGCAACACCUCCUCCAGCAACUACCCCUCCAUCAGCAUCACCACCUAAGGUAACUCCAGCUUCGAGCCCUAUUGUCCCACCCCCUCAAAUCUCACCGCCACAGCCACCACAGAGUCCACCUACCACAGCUCCAGUACAAGCACCAGCAUCGCCGCCACCACCUGUUUCAGCUCCACCAAAGGUAUCUCCAGCCCCAGCUAAGCAACCGCCUGCUCCAGCGCCUGUGAAGGCAACUCCUGCACCAGCACCUGCUAAGGUAGUACCCGUUUCACCACCAGCCCCCGCUCCAGCCCCAAAACUCCAGUCCCCUACCCCAGCACCAAUAACACUACCACCCUCACCAGCACCAGCUCCGAGCAAACACAAGAAAAAGCGCAAGCACAGGAGACAUCAUCAUGCCCCUGCACCAGCACCAACAGUACAGAGCCCUCCAGCACCACCUACAGUUGUAAACUCAGAGGAUACAGCACCUGCACCAUCACCAACUCUAAAUUUGAGUGGGGCGAAUACACUAUUGCAACAAGCGGGAAAACAUGGAGUACAAGCAAUUACUGCAUUGAUGGCUGUCACCAUGCUGGUUUUUACAGCGUAGAUAUUAAAAGUCUGAUGUUGUGCAGUAUACAGAUGAUUUUACCUUGAGAUUGAUUCUAUUGUUUGAAGGCAUAGGAAUAAUAAAUAAAAAGUUGAAUUCAACC